GUAACGCUUUGCAAGAUGCUCUCCAGGACGCUGCGACGAGCGCUCAAGGAGACUGGGCCCUCGCUGCCGCCGACAUUCCUGCUGCCAUGGACCGCUGGGCUCAGCACCGUGGCCAAUGCCGCCAUCGAUUCGACACCUCCGCCUCCGCCGCCUGCAUCGAUCAAGCAAGCGCAGAGUGAACAGCGCACAUCAUCUACCCAGCUGCCCAUACGCCCCAAUGCGAAGGGCCCAAGCGCAGCAUCAGCCACACUCAAACUCGAUGAGACGACGCGCGAACUGCUUCCGCUCCUACAGUCGCAAGGUCCGCACUAUAUCACCGCACAUAUCCAUGGAAAUCCUUAUCUCUUGACACAAGGAGACACUGUCCGUCUGCCUUUUCACAUGCAUGGCGUGGAGCCAGGCGAUGUUCUCCGUCUUGACCGCGCCGUCAAUCUGGGUAGCCGAGACUAUACCCUGAAGGCCCCAGCAUCAACUCCAAAGCUCAAAAGCCCAACCAAGAACACUUCUUCUACCUUGGACCCCACCACGGGCUCGUUAGCCAGCCAUUCAAGGACAAUGCUGGGAGACCACGCGGCCGAAGGUCCAGAGGGUGUUCCACACUUCAUCCCUCAUAUUGCAAAGGGCAAGUUCUCCUAUAUCGAUGACCGGUUAUUCGAAUGCAGGGCAGUAGUGAUGGGAGUGGAGAGCGAACCAUUGAGGAUCAAGGAGAAAACGAAGAGACGGCAAAGGCAUGUACGAAAAGUCAAGAGCAAGCAUCGCUUCACAAUUCUGAGAAUUAAAGAAGUGAGGAUCAAAAGCAUCGAGGAGAUUGAGGGACGACAAUAGUUGCAACCAGUGCCAUACGCAGAACACACCCACAUUGUGACCAUGAUAUACAAAGACGCGAAGGCGUUCUCGCAUCAGCUUAGAGGCCACGGGUUGUAAGCUUAUAUUCGUCAAGUGCGCCGCACGAGACUAGCUUCGGAUUAUGUAAAGAUACCAAUGACAGGGGCUGUAAAUAUGUAUCAUCGUCGAAACACCAUAGCCAGAUUGGCCGAGAAGCGUUGUUUAUUUCAUGAUACAUAUAAUUGAAGAGAUACAUUGAUGGCAGUCUUUGCAUGGGGGGUGUAAAGCACUGAAUUGUGCUGCAGAGCAUGAGAU